GGAAGAGGCCAUUAAGUAGACACAGUUCAUUGAUACAUAUCCUGAAGGGAAAGCGGCAGACACAGAACACUUAAAUGAUUUAUAAGUGCUCAGAAGUGAGUUUGUGAAUCAUUUUGUGUUCACAGGUAGAAAAAAAUUAGGAAGGGGUGGACUUGUUCUGCUAUGGUAGAUGGACAUGCCUCAGUGAGGUUGAAUUGUUGUAAAGUCGUUGAGGAAAAGUCAAGAAUGAAGUUAUAAUAGGUCUGUAUUUAAUAGAUUCCUCCAGUGGAAGUGUCAGGACGGCUUCUCAUCUUCCUCAGUCGUGCAAAAACGGUUGCAGAGGAGCAAAGUUAAUUGCGGUUGUAAGGUAAAAUGCCGGCUGGGAAGACAGUGACAACGGAUAAAGGGCCACAUGACGUAUGGCUGCGCAAUUAGGAGGCUGUUACGCACUGAGGAGCAGACCCACAUGACGCGUGAAACUCUAUUAUAUUGAUUAACCCAUCUGUAAAAAUGCAAGGGGAUUUGACAUUCAUGUCACACCAUUCAGUUAGUGAUUUUUUUAUUUUUAUUUUUUUUGAAGAUGCCCAUCCAUUCCUGUUAUGAAGUAAAGGAAUCUCAGCCCACCCCCUCCACUCAGAUCAGCUCCAUCGUACAGUGACGUCUUUCCAUGCAAGGUGCUCAUUAAGAGGGACGUUUGGUUUCUCUGACGUGUGUUAUCCGUCCUCUGACGGCACCUGCCCUCUUUAUAAGCCCCAGUAAGUCACCCGGGAGACCCCCACCAUCGUUUCAUUUGACUGUUCCUCACGGUGCAGAGGGGGACGAGGCUCUUUAUAAACCGUCUAACUAUUCUGCUCGCUGUUUUCUGCCUUGGGUGCCCCAGCACAUGACUCUAGAAACACUUAAGAUAGAAGAAGAGGAGAAAGAAAUACGUUUGACUAAAAACCACAGUAUCGAAGAAGAGGAACAACUGUCUCCAUGCCUUCCUGCUCCUAGCGGAAGACCGGUGCGACAAUGACCAUCCAUGUUGAAGGGCUUGUGGCUAUCGCGGUCUUCUAUCUACUGAUCCUGUUCGUGGGCAUCUGGGCGGCAUGGAAGAACAAGCACUCAGGGGAGGCGGAGGGUACCGACCGCAGCGAAACCAUCAUGGUCGGCGGGAGGGACAUUGGAUUAUUCGUCGGUGGAUUUACCAUGACGGCGACCUGGGUUGGAGGAGGAUACAUCAAUGGCACAGCUGAGUAUGUGUAUCUACCAGAUUAUGGUUUGGCUUGGGCACAGGCUCCCUUUGGAUAUGCCCUCAGUCUUGUUGUGGGCGGUCUUUUUUUUGCCAAGCCCAUGCGCUCACGAGGUUACGUCACCAUGCUGGACCCGUUCCAGCAGCUGUAUGGGAAACGUAUGGGUGGCCUUCUCUUCAUACCUGCAUUAAUGGGUGAAAUCUUCUGGUCUGCUGCCAUCUUAUCCGCACUGGGUGCUACUCUCAGUGUAAUUGUGGACAUCAACAUUAAGAUGUCUGUGGUUAUCUCUGCACUUAUUGCAAUCUUUUACACCCUGGUUGGAGGACUUUACUCUGUGGCCUACACUGACGUUGUGCAGCUCUUCUGUAUCUUUGUGGGCCUGUGGAUCAGUGUCCCAUUUGCUUUGACCAACCAAGCUGUGUCAGACAUUACUGUGACUGCAGUGAAGCAGGUGUACCAGUCACCCUGGAAAGGCAGCAUCAGCGGGAGUGACACCUGGGUCUGGAUGGACAAUUUUUGCCUCCUGAUGCUUGGAGGAAUACCUUGGCAGGUGUAUUUCCAGAGAGUCCUAUCUGCCUCCUCGGCCACCUACGCUCAGGUCCUCUCCUUCCUGGCUGCUUUCGGGUGCCUCGUCAUGGCCGUGCCCUCUGUUCUCAUUGGAGCCAUCGGGGCCUCCACAGACUGGAACCAGACAACUUAUGGUGCCAUUUCUCCUAAAGACAAGGAGCAAGCAGAUAUGAUUCUACCCAUCGUGCUACAACACCUCUGCCCACCAUUUGUCUCUUUUUUCGGCCUGGGUGCGGUGUCGGCAGCUGUCAUGUCUUCUGCAGACUCAUCCAUCCUGUCAGCAAGCUCCAUGUUUGCAAGAAACAUCUACCAGCUUGCCUUCAGACAGUCGGCAUCUGACCGUGAGAUUGUGUGGGUGAUGCGCAUCACCAUCUUUGUGUUUGGUGGCCUUGCCACAGUGAUGGCACUAGUAACCGGGACAGUUUAUGGCCUCUGGUACCUGAGCUCAGACCUGGUUUACGUCAUCAUCUUCCCCCAGCUGCUCAGCGUGCUCUUUGUCAAGGGCACCAACACUUAUGGCUCGGUGGCUGCCUACUUGUUUGGCAUGUUGCUGCGUAUAGGUGGAGGGGAGCCCUACCUGCAGCUGCCCCCUUUCAUUUAUUACCCUGGCUGGACCACUGAGCCACGGAAGCACCACAUAACCGGAGAAAUGGAGGACGUUGUCAUCCAGAAGUUCCCCUUCAAGACAGUCUCUAUGCUCGCCUCCUUUCUGGGUAACGUUGCUUUCUCCUACCUGGCCAAGUACCUGUUUGAGAGCGGCAAGUUGUCACACAAAUACGACUUUCUCGAUGCAGUGGUGUCUAGGGACAGCGGAGAGAUUAUGGAUAAGACGACGCUUGUAACUCGUGGCAACAACAUCGGGCUGUCAGAGAUGGCGCCAGUCAAACCGCGGCUGAGUGUGACCUUGGCAGCCGCCUUCACACGUCGUGACACGCUGCCUGCAGAAAUGGUCGAGGAGGAGGAGGAGUCCAGCCCUGACUCCUCCCACCAUGAUGAUGAAUGACAAACUCAGAAUGUGAUAAAAGAAAAAGACUGAACAGGUGACUCCCAGAGAACUGGUUACUCUGUCAGACACUCCAAAAAGAAAAAGUAACUAAUAAGAGACAACAAGCGAACAUCCCACAGGACUACAAAGUACCACAUCCCACUCGUGGACUGUGCGGACAUGAAGCUGUCUUUCUGUGAAGUACACACACUCACACAAACACUCAUAUAGUACAUAUAGAUAUUAAGGUGUGUAUUCAUCAUUUUUUAAACUUGAUUUUGAAAUAUAUACUGAAAGAAAACUGUAUUCAGAGACUCCUAGUCUCUUCACUUUAUUGUCUCUCUCAUAAAAAGCAGACCGUUAUCAAAAAGCAGUUGAGUGGGGAUAAGAGAUGAUGUGUACAGUUUCUACAGGGGAGAAGUAUUUGAUCAGAAACAUUCAAAAUAUUCCGAAAUGUUCAACCAGAAACAGUAACUCCGCUAUGACGAGGAAUGAAACAGAUAUGACAGCACAACCCAAGUUUGAAAGGAGAAAACAUUGUGUGUACCAAUUAUUUAAAAAAAAAAAAAAGCAAUAACACACACUCCUAUAAUAACACCUGUAUAGCAGUUAUCAUCAAAGAUCUAAUAAUGAGGAGGGGGAAGUGGAUGUGAAAAUGAAUGAAAAUAAGGAUAUUUUAUAGCUUUAAUGUGUCAUGUCAAGCCAGUUAAACUCAUACUAAUUCACAUUUGUGGCACUGAAUUAAUUGGGUUUUGAUUUGAAAAUUGAAUAUAAUUAACACAUUAAAUAGACUGUAAUAUCACAAAGUGAAAUACAGAGUACAUAAACCAACACCCACAACUUUUGUUUGACACAUGUAUAUUAUUAAUUAUUACUGAUAAACACGUAAUGACUGUGAAUCAAGAAAGAAACAACCCAUGUAUCAUGCUGAGUAGAAAAUAUACAAGCAGUAGUGAUGGUAGUUGACUUGAAGCAUUAGCAAUUAUUCUCUUUAAUGUCAGGUGUAGAAGCAGAUUUCAUCAUAAGAAUCGAUGUAAAUUAGACAACAACGUGUUUAAAAUGAUCUCGUAUUCAACUGCCUUAAUGAAACUCAUAAGAAGAGAUGCUUUUAAUUUCCACAGAUCUGACCGCGCUCUGCUCAAGACUGCAGAGAACAAAGACUUCAAUAUGAAUGUAAUGUCUACAAAUGAUCUAAUUAUCUCAAAUAGUGUACUUCUACUGCUAUUUGUGUAUGUAGUCGUUGGCGAUUUGCAAAGUCAAACAGUAACUGUUGCAGAAUAAUGUGAUGGCAGGUUCUGGUUUACGAAUCUGUGGUUUAUUUGUUGUUCACAGCAGUGUACAGAUUAUUUUCUCUGUGACGUGUAUGUUUGUAUACAUGUGGGGGGAAAAAGGAUAUAUAGAUGUCAAAUAAUGCUGGUUAAAAUGAUUCAUAUAAGAUGGAAGGAUGCUAUCUAAAUGUUUAUUUAUUUUUGAUGUCAUAAAAGAUGAAACAAUAAAAAUUAAGAAAUUAUUUCACAGAAAUAUAUUAAAUUUACUUUGGUAACAAUAUUAAAUUAGUAUUCUACAAUUUUUUGCUGGCUGACUAAAAAUUCACCAUCAGAAUAUUGCAAAUGUGGUUUUACUUAAAUAAAACUGCAUUUAUGCAAUUUUAUACAUUUCUUUAUGCACUUUUUUUUCUUUCUUAUUUUGUAUUUUUUUAUUGGUCACAAUGCUGAAUCUGAAAAGCAUUGUGUUUGCUAGUGACAAGAUCCUGUUGAGUGUGUGUUGCUGCAGUGGGUCCUGACCUUUUUGCAUAUGUUCAACCAAAAAGGGAUUCAUGACUGUCAGAUUGUUGGAU